AUGGUGUCUACUCCCGAGCUUAAACGGUAUGUGGAUAAGAAAGUCGUGUUGCAAGUGAAUGGGUCCCGGAAAUUGGCCGGUGUUUUGCGCGGUUACGACGUUUUCUUGAACGUUGUGCUCGAUGAUGCUGUCGAACUGCUAAAAGAUGGGUCCAACCACGCUUUGGGGUCUCAGACUGUUGUAAGAGGUAACUCUAUAGUGUCGUUAGAAGCGCUAGAUACUGUUACGUAG